AUGGUAGAGAUCGCGGGGCAAUAUGGUGUCACAGCUAUGCCGACGUUCAUGGUCUUCAAGGACGGGAAGAAAACCGAGGAGAUCAGGGGUGCGGAUGUGCGGUCACUAAAAGCUGCCGUGGAGAAGGUUGCUGGUGAGCUCGGGAAGGUUAAAGAGGAGAAGGUUGAGGCGAAGAAGCCAGAGGUCAAGCCAGAGGUCAAGGAAGAAAAGAAGGUUGAAGACGAGAAGACGGUUAGUGGAAGUUAUGGGAUGACUGGAGGGAACAACUGGAAGAUGUCGUUGCAUUAG